GCUCGACGGCCGGUCCGAAGUGGAUAAAGUGCGGUCGGCGCGACGGCGAGCGGGGGGUAAUAAGGUCCAGGCACGGAUCUCCCGCCGGUGGAGAUCGGAUUCGCGCGCCUUUCCCAUCUCGAUGCCUCGACGUCGGUGAGCGAUCGUCUCUGCGAGGCGGGAGAGCCUCGUAUAUCCGCACCAGAAUCCGGAACAGGAUCUCGCGCGAACUUAAAACAAAACAAAACAAAAAAAGAAAACGAGAUAGAACAGAGGCAGCGAUCCCCCAUCGAUCAAAGUUCGCGCGCGGUGCUUGAAAUUCGCGAGAAGAUCGGGAAUCGCGUUUUACGAUGCGUGCGAGAACGUAACGUCGCCGGGGAACGAGGAUAGAACGAGGCGCAUCCUUCGUUUUCGCAUCUCUCGAGGGUCUGGAGACUCGCGCGACGCGCAUCUUGUCGCCGAUACCACUUGUAUACACCCGCGAGUUCGUGCCCCCCCGGCCGUUACGUAACAUGGUAGAGAGCAUUUAUGCGAGCGACUCGCCGAGAUCCCGCUCGCCCAUGACGGAGCCGUCGAGUCCGCUGCACUCGGAUGGUCCCGGGAUAUCCGGCUACGGCCACAGAUAUCUGUACAGCUACUCGCCGGACGCGCAGAAUCACGUAUCGGCGGUGACGAGGCGCAACAAUAACAAUCAGAACGAGACGGGGGCCGAUGGCGGGCACGAGCGCGCGUUCGCCAGGAGCCCGAUCGGCACGGAGGAGACGAUGCCGCGGCAUCACCGCCACGGCGAACCGGUCGUCCCCUCGAGACCCGCGACCGGCGGCACCUCCGCCUCCACCAUGUCGUCCCCCACCUCGCUCUUCACCAUCGACAGCAUCCUGGCGCCGCGGCCGAUCGGCAACGUCGUCGCUCCCACGAGCACCACCACCGUCGCCGCAUCCGUGAUUCAGACGCCGGAGACGAUCGAGUCGGCGGCCGGACGCACCACCGCCGCGGCGAUGCAUCCGCUUCAGCAGCAGCUGCACCACUUGGCGUUCACCUCGGCGGAUUUUCUCGCCGCGGCAUAUCCGGGAUUGUAUCCCGGAGGAUACGUGGCGGCGAUGGCCGCCGCCGGCGUUUCCCUUCACGGACAGCCGGCCUUCUAUCACACCGGUCAUCCCUACCAGAUAAAUCCCAACAAUCCGGGAAUGGGUCCGAUGGCGAAGAGGAAACGUCGUCAUCGAACGAUCUUCACGGAGGAGCAACUGGAACAAUUGGAAGCCACCUUCGACAAGACACAUUAUCCCGACGUGCUCCUGCGGGAACAGCUGGCCCUCCAGGUCGACCUCAAGGAAGAAAGGAUCGAGGUAUGGUUCAAGAAUCGUCGCGCCAAGUGGCGGAAGCAGAAGCGGGAGGAGCAGGACCGCAUCCGGAAGCUGCAGCUGGAGCAGCGUCAGCGCACCGACGACGGCGGGGCUGCGACGACGGUGAUGGUAGGCGAUCGUCUGGGGCUAACCAGGCAGCAGCAACAGCAGCAGCAGCAUCAGCAGAAGCUCGAGCAGGACACGGACAGCUCCGACCUCGAGGUAGCGUAGUGCGGCCGUGAUGACGACGAGACGCGGCGGUCUCGCCCAUCGGUAAAUCGAGGAGGUCGAGAAGGACGAUGGAAGACGGCCCGGUGCUUUCGCGCUCUUAUCGACGACGUGUACGGGCAUGUACAUACGUGACUGCGCUGUAAAUACCAUUGUAAAUAUGACUAACGAUGAAUGUGUACAAUA